AUGAAAUGUGAAGGAAGUGCUGAAGGUUGUUCAGAUGGUGAAAAUACAGAAGAUGGCAUCAAACCAAGAAAAAUACCCAAUCAAAAUAUUGUGACACGUCUAAUUCGACGGGAAACUCACCUGCCAAAACAGGGCACACAUUUUCACCAAGCUAGAAGAUUCUAUACAAAUGUUUUUCCAAAUUUUACGAUCACAAAUGUUGAAAAGCCUCCUUGUUUUUUACGUAAAUUUUCACCAGACGGGCAUUAUUUUGUAGCAUUUUCAUCUGACCAAACGUCAAUAGAAAUAUAUGAAUUUCAAGGCUCUCAAGCAGUUGAAGAUCUAUUGUGUGGAAUCAAGGGGGAUAAUUUGGGAUCGGGAAAUGAUGACAUCAGGAGAAAUUUGUUUAAAAGAUUUUUUAAACUGAAACAUGUGACAUUAGUGGCCACUGAUGGAGAACAUUUAAAUAGAGAAUGUAGUUUAUUUACGGAUGACGGAAAUUUUGUGAUAGUUGGUAGUGCUGUUUACCUGCCAGAGGACCCACACCCAUUAUUUUUUGACAUUUAUAAAAACAAUGAAUCUGUUUCGCCUAAUUCAAGAUCACCAUUAGAAGAUUACUCUUUACAUCUAGUUGAAUUAGAAACAGGAAGGCUCUGUGAUCGACGAAAAUUUAAAUGUGAUAAGAUUUUUCUAUCCCAUAAUCAAGGUAUAUAUUUGUAUAAAACAACGUUAGCAGUGUUAUCAGUUCAACAACAAACAAUUCACAUUUUUCAUGUCACUCCUCAAGGCUCUUUUAUCGAUAUACGAAGUAUUGGCAGAUUUUGUUUCGAAGAUGACGAGCUUUUUUUACGUGAGUGUUUGGAUCCCCAAGUUCGUCAAAAUCUUCAACGACCAUUCUAUGAUAAAUUGACUAAUUCUUUGAAACAUAGACUGUUGACAUUUUUAUAUUAUAAAGCUAAAGAUGACCCCUAUCAAUUACGUUUAUUUUAUACAUAUUUUGAUCAAUUCAAAGCCUUACGCAUGUGGAAGAUGCAAUUAUUAGAUGAAAAUCACCUUCUGAUCAAAUAUGCUGAAGAAGAUGUGGUCACAUUAAGAACUCCAAACAUGAAUUCUGAACCGUCAUUUAUUGUUGCUUAUAAUAUGAGCAAAGCAGAAGUGAUGGCAGUGUACGAAAAUACUUCAGAAGAACUUUUAAGUUUGGUUGAAAAUUUUUGCGAUAUGUUUCGAAAUGCUACUAUUCAUUCCAGUGUACAGUUUACAUGUUCAGUGUCUAACAAUACUUACGCCCGCCAGUUCCAAGAACGAUAUAAACAGUCUAUAAUCAAAUCUAAAUAUGGUAGUCAAACGGAAGCUAUCCGCCAUCUUUUAGCUCAACUACCAAUUAGCUCACAAUCUUAUAGUAAUAGUCCUUAUGUUGAUUUAGCUUUAUUUAGUUACGAUGAUAAAUGGAUAUCUGCCAUGGAGAGACCCAAAGGUUGUGGUGAACAUCCUAUAAGAUUUUAUGCUCGAGAUUCUGGACUAUUGAAAUUUAAAAUCCAUGCUGGGUUUCUUGGACGGAAUCCUCCACCAACAGCUAGAAGACUAGUGGCAUUUACCUUUCAUCCCAGUGAACCAUUUGCUAUUAGUGUUCAGAGAACUAAUUCAGAAUAUGUUGUCAAUUUUCAUGUCAGGCAUAGUUUUUCCUGA